GGCGCUGGUCACACUGUCACAAACACAAACAGCUGAGGCUAAUGGCGGCGGGAUUAAAUGAUUAAAUCGUUAAUUAAAACAUGUAUUAAGUGGCACAGUUUAACGCGAUAGCUACAGAAUCUAUAUGGGAAUUAUCAUGGGUCUUAUCAGACGCAGGCGAUGUCUGCGCGCUUGCUGAUGAUUGGGUCAAUAUGCCGCCACCGCCGCCGCCACCGCCCUUAUCAAACUGAGCCAGGUGGGCGUGGGAGACGAUCCCACGGAGGUUUGCUGCGGUAUCAGCUCCCGGCAGGCGGUUAGUCGAGCAACGACAGUCUGGCGUUUCGGGUGUCUCCGACAAACGUAAUUAUUCCAACGAGUCCAAAGAUAAGCCACCACCAUGGAUCGGACCAGUCUAUACUUUCAGGGCAAGGAUGACAAGAAUACGUUCGACUUUGACGAGACGCUGCCGCCGCUGCCUCUGCCCGAGUUAAAGGACACCAUGGAGCGGUACUAUGCCUGCAUCCAACCCUUCGGCACCAAGGAGGAACUGGCCCAGGCUCGACGGGCCAUUGACGAGUUCCAGAACGGCGUGGGCAUCAAACUCCAUGAGCAGCUCAAAAAGCGAGAGGCCAGCAUGAAGAACUGGCUGGGCACAUGGUGGGAGGACUAUGGGUACCAUCUCAUUCGCAUGCCGCUGCUGCCCUAUCAAUUGAUGUCCAUGCCCGCGCAGCUGGAGAUGGUGGGAGUGCCGGAGACCCCGGAGUACAUGCUCAAGAGCUUGGCCCGUCACAUACAUCACACUCUGGAGUUCUGGGACCUCACUCGCACGUCCAGUAUCAAGCCGCUCUCCUCAAACGGUGGGAAGAUCAAAUACUCUUCCGCGCUGUACAAGCACUUUUUCUCCACCUGUCGCGUUCCGGGUGUGGAGCAGGAUCAUAUCGAGAAGCACUUCCUUACGAAAGACGAGGGAAAGACGCCUUCGCACAUUCUCAUCUCCGGAAAGGGCAGGCAAUUUAUCCUGAACUGUGUGCACGAGGAUGAUACUAUCCUGACGGCACCCGAGAUCCUUGUGGCACUGCAGAGGCUGCGCAGCAUCUUGGACUACGAGCCAGAAGGUGACUGUGUCCCCAUGCUAAGCCACGAUGAUCGAACCACAUGGGCCAAUAAUCGCAACCGCCUGAUGGAGGUAUCCGAGGCCAACAAGGAGACACUGCUGCUGGUAGAGAGCGCCAGCAUGGAGAUUUGCUGGUACGACCAGUCGCCCAAGGACUAUGAGGAAUCCUCGCAGCUGGGUCUCUUCGGUGAUCUGCAUUCCCGAUGGGGGGAUCGCAGCAGCAGCAUCAUUGCCUUCCGCAACGGACGCUUCAAUUGGACGGGCGAGCACAGCUGCUACGACGGCACUGUCAGCAUUAGCUUUGCCACUUUUAUGCAGCUGAGCUUCAUGGAGGUGCCGGAGCCGGACUGGAGCGAGGCCGAGCACUCGAGCGUGGUGGAGAUCAAAGAGCUCAACUUUCAGCUGGAUGACUUACUGAAGAGCGAGAUUAAGCGCGUUCGCCAGGAGGUUGAAGAUAGGGGAAUUGAUGUGACAGUGACCUUUACUGUAUUCGAUGAUUAUGGUAAGGAGUUUAUGAAAAAACACCGCCUGCAUCCAGACUCAUUUGUGCAAGUCGUCAUGCAAUGGACCUACUAUCAGUUGCAUCAGGAAAUUGCUCCCACCUAUGAGACCGCUCUGAUGCGUCAAUACUACAACGGACGAACGGAAACGCUGCGUUCCUGCACUGGCGCCGUGGCUAACUUCCUGCGGGCGUCAUCCAACAAGCAGGUGGGAGACAUGGUCCUGGCCAGGGCAUUUCGGGCCGCUGUGGAUGACCACAAGCACUUUAUGAACGAGGCUCGGAAGGGAAAUGGCAUCGACAGACACCUCUUUGGGCUGUGGUGUGCUGCAUACGAGAGCAAAAUGGAAAUUCCCGCCUUCUACGACGAUCCCAUGUACACGAAGAGUGGCGGCGGAGGCAACUUUGUGCUCUCUACCAGCACCCUCGGAUUCACGGCCAACGUGGGCUACGUAGCACCCAUGCUGUUCGACGGAUACGGUGUCUUCUACUCCAUAACCUCUGAUGCCGUGUACAUCAAUACCACCGCAUAUCGGGACAGCAUCAAGACAAGUGCCCGAAAGUUUAAUCACAUGUUCAAGGAUUCAUUCCGACGCAUUAGCGUUCUCUUGGAGGAGCUGGCAAAAGAGUCAAAGCUUUAAAGAUUUUAAAUAGUUUUAAAUCAAAUCUGAAUACAUUCUGUCAUUCCCAACAAUGAAUAGUGAGAGAUUUUGAGAUCGCGUCUUUUUGAACCCUAUGUUAGGGUAUAAAGAAUGGACAUCUUCUAUAUUCAUUCUGGCACCACAUUCUAGCAUUUUAAAUAACCUGACACUUUUUUAAUUGAGGUUUUUGUGUUGGUCAGCUAAAAUUAUUCAAUAUUUGCAAAAAAUUUGGAUCAAAAUGGAGAAUUGUGUCAUAAUUAUGUAGUUGAUAAGUUAGAGUGCACAGUUAGUGGCUUCGUGUUAAACGUUUAUUCAAUUUCAAGGUCUAUUAGUUUACGCAAAUACAUGUCACACG